AGCGGAAGCGGCACAGACGAGACUGUCAACUGUCAAAAGGCUAAAUAAUUGGCGGCAAAUGACGUCUUCCGCCCACACUCAAAAUGGCCGCCGGCCGGGGCGCGCAUGCGUUGGGAAACCAGCGCGCGCUGCCCCCGAGAGCCGAUCUAAUCGAUAGUGCAUAGAACAACAGCCUGUUGUGCUUGUGCUCCACGAAUUUUCUCGUCUGUCUCGUAAAUUCCGCGUUCUCGGGUCGAAGUGAGGAGUGAGAGACUGCAGCAUCAGUCAAGGUGUCGGUGGCAAGCAGUGUCCUACCUGGAGCCAUCACCAUGAAGAUCCUGGCUCCGGACGGUCCGGACAUCAGUCCCGUUGACUCAUCGGGCGGGUGGCACGGCGCGGCGUGGUGGGUGGCGGUGUGCGGCGGCGCGGCGCUGCUGGCGGCUGCGCUGGCGGCGCUGGGCUGCUGGGUCGCGCGCCGCCGGGCCAACCUCGCUAACAAACUCGGCAGCAAGCGCGGUCCGGACAAGGCGCUGGUGUUCCAGCCGCCGCGGCGCGCCACCGCCGUGCGCUCGCCCGGCUCCACCACGCACUACCUGCGCAAGUCGCCCUCGCCCACCGCGCCCUCCGCGCCGCAGCCGCCCGCCGACCCGAACCAUCCUGUCACGCCCAGUGUUACCUCAGCAGCCAACAGCCCCACGUCGGAGUCUCUGCCGCCGCUCAGCAAGGAGCUCGGGGACGCGCACCUCACGGAGAAGAGCAACAAGAUGGCCGACGAGCCCGCCCCGAACGACGGCAAGCUGGGCGACCUGCACUUCAAGCUACGGUACGAGGCGGAGAAAGCGGCGCUGGUGGUGUCGGUGGUGUCGUGCCAGGGGCUGCCCGGCCGGGAGCCCGCCGGCCCCGACCCCUACGUCAAGCUGCAGCUGCUGCCCGACAAGCAGCACAAGGUUAAGACCAGGGUGGUGCGCAAGACGCGGUGCCCGGUGUACGACGAGGACUUCACGUUCUACGGCAUCGCGCCCGCGCAGCUGCCGGCCAUCACGCUGCACUUCGUCGUGCUCUCCUUCGACAGGUACUCCCGCGACGAGAUAAUCGGCGAGGUGGUGGCGCCGCUGAGCCAGCAGCAGCUCGGCUCCGGCGACCCCGCCGCGCUGUGCCGCGAGAUACAACCACGACAUGCCAAGAUGCGCAGCGUGGGUCGCGGCGAGGUGCUGGUGUCGCUGUGCUGGCAGCCGGCCGCCUCGCGCCUCACCGUCGUGCUGCUGAAGGCGAGGAACCUGCCCAAGAUGGACGUCACCGGACUCGCUGACCCCUAUGUGAAGAUGUACCUACUCUACAACGGGCAGCGCAUCGCCAAGAAGAAGACGCACGUGAAGAAGCGCACGCUCAACCCCGUGUUCAACGAGUCGUUCGUGUUCGAGGUGCCCGCCGCGCCCAACGCCUCGCUCGACCACGUGAGCCUCGAGCUGCUCGUGCUGGACUGGGACCGCGUCACUAAGAAUGAGGUGAUUGGUCGGCUGGAGCUGGGCGCGGCCGGCGCGGGCAGCACGCGGCACCACUGGCGCGAGGUGCAGGCCGCGCCGCGCCGCCAGAUCGCCGACUGGCACAAGCUCAAGGAGUAACCGCCUACUCACUCCUGUCUGCCUGGUACUUUCUCUCCAACCACUUCUUGUUCUGUUUCGGAAAUGAAAUGUUAACUUCCUCACAACUUCGUCUACCUGGUUAUUUGUGACCUAUUUUUAUGUUCAUUAUAUUUUUUCUAAUCUGGUUACUUCUUACGGGAUUAAUGGCAUUUGCUGCCUACCGAAUUUGUCAAGGUAAAUGAUCUCAUACUACUGAAAGAUAACUCAUGUUUAUUAAUAUUAUCAAAUACUUAUCUGACUUAAUUAUCAUUUUCGUAGAUCCUACUUACUACUGUUAACAUUAAUUUUAAGUUUUGGAAGUUUUGUGAAGUUAUCUUUUACCAUCUGACCUACCAGCUUUUGCAACCAAUUCUUAGUUAUUAAAUCCCCUACUUUCUUGCAUUUCCCCAAGAAUCAGGGGACUGUAUUCUGUUUUAUUAUAAAUCCAUUUUCACCUAUUGUUAUACAAACCUCUUAUAGUUUUAUGGCAGCUUGUAUUUAUAUAAAACUUUAUAGCUGCUUAUCAGUAAGUAUUUUAUUUUUAAAGAUCUUACUUUGAGUCUGAAUUUUGGGAAUUGGGAGAAGUUACGUACUCGUAAAUGUCCUAUUUAUGCAAAGUAAUUAUAAAUAUUAUUCAGCAGAAAAGGCAUGGUACAUGAACAAUACACGGUUUGAAUACCAUCAAUAAAUCAGAGGUUUCAUUUACCAAUUAAGUUACUUAAUUGAAAUAAGUGGAAAUAUUUAAAUUUACUUUAAAGAGGUUACCUCAGAGUUUUACCCUAGGCCCGCUUCUACUUACUAACGAAAAAUACGAAAGCAAUUUAUUAGGUCCCUCUAGCUAACAUUUAUCACAGUGUACUCAAACGAAAUUAUAGUUACUGACUUGAUCAUUCUUAUUAUAAUUUAGAAGAACUCAAAUAAAUAUUUCUAUAUAAAUUGAAUCGGUUUUAAAUAGUUAGUGUGAUUUUGUUAUGUUUCACUUAUUAUUGUUGCACUUCAAAUAACGUUAUACGAUUAUAAUUACUUAACUAAUAAAGAUUGGCUGAGCCAUUUAACGUAUUGGCAAAAAAGAUGGAGAAAUUGUAGAUUAAAAAUACUUAUAUUAUUUAGGUAGAACUAAUUAUAUACUUGUUUUAAUUUUCAUAUUUUUUGUAUGAUACGAACGAAAGUAGUUUACAAGGAAAAUAAACAUUAGGUGUUAGCUGUUUAAUUUGAAUUGGUUCAUUUAUGCCUACUUAGCCGGUACUAUGAUUUCAUAGCGCACACAGUGUCUCAACUAAUAUUCCCUAAAGAGUAAAGUAUAUUUUAAAGAACGCAGAGAUUAGCUGUAACAACAUAUAUUUUGUGUCAUCUAUACUUAAUAACAUAUCCAUAGAUAUGUGUAAGGAACUCAGUGUAAGUAACGAAACAUCGCAGAAUAUUGUAAAAGCAUACUUAGGUAAUGUUCAAAUUGAGUUGUAGGGAAUUUGCAUCCACCUUAGUUUCAGUUUUUAAACAAAUGCAAAUAAUAUUCUCAUUCUCAAAUUAAAAACCAUGAAAGAUAAGAUAAGGGCAACCACUGAUGCGGAGUAAUGUAAACCCUAAAAUACAUACAGGCGAAUAAAAUUGAGAUCAUCUUAAUUUUUUUCGAAGUUUGUUCAUAACUACCUAUCUCAUAUCUUCAUGGUUAAAUUUCUGUUGUAAGGAUAGUCGAAUUACUCUAUUUUAUAAUAACUGUAGGUAAAUACUUAUAAUUAUUUGAUAUAUGAUAUGUAAGUAUAUUAUGUAUUGCUUGAAGAUUUGAAAAGCUCAUAGCUAUUAUUAAAACGACAACUUUGGGUUUUUGACAUAUUUAGGUAAUAAGUAUAUUACUUUUAGAUUUAGAUUAUGUGCCAUUUAAUUGCAAUCGUCAUUUUAUUUCAAAGCAAUCCAUCACUCUCAUCGACUCAUCUUAAAUAAUUAAAGUGUAGUUUUGCUCAUUACUAUGAUCAUAAGUAGUAAGUCAUUCGACCGUAUUUUAAAAUUAUUCUAUGUAAUAUCUAUUACGUAUACAUGAGCACUGGAUAACAUUACAAAAAAUAAUUAUGCAUAGAAACUAUAGGUAGAGAUACCUAUAAAUAAAGUAUGUAGACAAUAAGACUAUUAUUUGGGCACAUUAGGCCCGAUCUCAACUCAAACAUUCCAGAAAUUAGUAGUUGUAAAUACGAACGCUUUGGUAAUAUUGCAUUUCAAUCAUUAUAAUUGUUACGAGUAAAAUUUAUAUACGUAUCAGAAGAUAUACCUGUCUGCACUAAUUGAAAACUAAGGUCUUUUUAUAAUUUGUUUCCCAUAUCGAUGUCUAGGCGUUAAAAUCAAUGUUGUGUCUUCUUGCGUAUUUUAACUUUUGUGUACGUACCAUAGAUUUACGAAAGUUAAGAUACGCCCACCGUUAUCGAUGAUGCUAUAGUAAUAAAUGUAUUUAGAAGUGUCACUGUCGCGACCUGCACACAACGUCUAUCAUCAACACCACAUCUGAUUUGUAUACUAAGAGGAUUUUAGUAAAUAAAUUAUUGACUGGUGCUUUCACAAUAAA